AUGCUGCCAGAUUGGCUUCAUAAUAAAGUUUUCCCUCAAUCUUGUCAACAUCCUGAUCAAAAAAAAGUUACUAUUGCGAAGGAUCAUUUGAAACAACAAGGUCUAUUUGGAAAGGAAACGGAAAAAGUUCCUGAUGUUCCUGAAUUUGAAAUACCAAAAUUAUGCGGAGAUUCUAUUGCAGAACACUUCUGGAAUAUUGGAGAAAGUCAAGCAAAGAAAUAUAGAGAGUUAGCAGAAAGGUUCGCUGAUUCAGACCUUUUAGGCAUACCCUUAAAAGAAGAUUGGUUAAUUGAACCUGGUUGGACCCGUUAUGAAAGUGAUAAAAAACCUGAAUCUGUUGAAUUUCCGAAUGAGCAAUUAUUAUGUUUUGAUGUCGAAACGUUAUUAAGUAAAAGUGAUUAUGGCCUUAUUGCAUGCGCCGCAUCUCCAUCCGCUUGGUAUACCUGGAUAUCCCCGCAUUUACUUAAAAUUAAAAAGGACUUCGAAAACAAUGAGAAAAUCGCCACUUCUGAAAAGAUUAAGAUAAACAAAGAAGAUAAUAAUGAGAUUAGCAAUUUAAUACCUAUGGGGCGAAUGAUCAAAGACCGAAUAAUAGUCGGUCAUAAUAUUUCGUUUGAUCGUGCAAGAAUCAAGGAAGAAUAUAAUUAUAACAGAUCUGAUAAUAAAUUUAUAGAUACACUGGCUUUACACGUUGCCAUUAGUGGAUUAUGUGCACGACAGCGUUCAACUUGGAUUAAAUAUGACAAGGCUUUGGAAAAAAGCGAUACAAGUUAUCUUGAUGAUAAAAAAUAUUUUCAGUCAAUAUAUGAUGUUAGUUCAACAAACAAUCUUCGUAAUGUUUACAAAUUAUAUUGCGAAGGCGAAGUAGACAAAUCGAUCAGGAAAGAAUUUUUUGUUAACGGAACUUUAGAAGAUAUAAUAAUCGAAAAAAAUUUACGGCAUUUGAUUACCUAUUGUGCAAGUGAUGUUCUAGCAACGUUUCAAGUUUUCAAAAAAGUGUUACCGCGGUUUUUAAAAGUAUGUCCACAUCCUGCAUCAUUUGCAGGUAUGCUAGAAAUGGGGAAUAUGUUUUUAACCACAUCCAAAGAUUGGGACAUGUAUUUACAAACUGCUGAAGAAGUCUAUCAAAAACAACGUGACGCAAUUGAAACUAGAUUGGAACUACUCGCUAAUAAAGCUGUUAAAUUAAGUCCUGAGUCGAUAAAGGAUGAUCAUUGGUUAAAACAAUUAGACUGGACAUAUCCUUCACGUGUGAAAAAACUUCCAGAUCUUCCAAUGUGGUAUCGUGACAUUUAUUGUAAUAAGAAACGCAAGGUUAAAGUAACUACUAAAUCUCUUAUUGCGCCUUUAUUAUUGAGAUUAAAAUGGCAUGAUUUUCCAGUAUAUUAUUCGAGAAAAUAUGGAUGGAUGUAUAGAGUACCUAAAGACGGUGAUUAUCAAACAAAUGUGAAAGCAUGUGAAUUUAAUGACGAGUCAUUAAAUAAUGAUGUAGAACUAUUUGCUAAUGAUAAAGAUGGUAUAUACUAUCGUAUUCCACAUAAAGACGGUGAGGAGGCACGUUGUGGAUCACCUCUUGCGAAACAUUAUAUUACCUCAUUUGAAAAAGGUGUUUUAAGUUCCGAACAUGAAGUAGCGAAAGAUGCUCUUCAGAUGAAUGCAACUUGUUCUUAUUGGAUAAGUUCUCGAGAUAGAAUAAGGAGCCAGAUGGUCGUAUAUGAUGAUCAUCCCGAAAUUACGGAUUUGGGAUUUGAUAAAACUGAUAAGGCAAUUGGAAUGAUUAUACCACAGACCGUAACAAUGGGGACUGUAACUCGUCGUGCUGUCGAAAAAACGUGGAUGACAGCUAGUAACGUGAAGAAAAAUAGGAUAGGAUCAGAACUCAAAGCAAUCAUUCAAGCUCCUGAGGGGUAUAAAUUUGUUGGAGCUGAUGUUGAUUCUGAAGAGUUAUGGAUAGCAAGUUUGAUAGGAGAUUCGCAAUUUGGAUUUCAUGGUGCAACUGCAAUGGGUUGGAUGACACUACAAGGCAACAAAUCUGCUGGCACAGACCUUCAUUCCAGAACCGCAAGUAUUUUGAACAUUUCUCGUUCUGAUGCUAAAGUAUUCAAUUAUGGACGAAUCUAUGGAGCUGGGCUGAAAUUUGCGGUUCGAUUAUUGAAACAAUUUAAUGAGACAAUAAAGGAUUCUGAAGCUUCAGAGCGUGCAACUGCGCUAUAUUCCCGUACGAAAGGUAAAAAGUAUAUUAAUAAAAACUACACUUUUUGGCAUGGCGGUAGUGAAAGUUAUAUGUUUAACAGCCUGGAAGAGAUUGCGACAAAUAGUGAUCCUAAAACACCAGUAUUAAAAUGUGGUAUAACUGACGCAUUAAAAGAAAAUGUUGUUAAUAAAAAUUAUAUGACUUCUCGAAUAAAUUGGGUUGUUCAAUCAUCUGGGGUUGAUUAUCUCCAUUUACUAAUAGUUUCCAUGCAAUAUAUAAUGACAAAAUAUAAUAUAAAUGGAAGAUUCAUGUUAUCCGUCCAUGACGAAGUUAGGUUCCUUGUUAAAGAAGAAGACAGUCAUCGAGCAGCUUUAGCUCUUCAGAUAAGCAAUUUUUGGACUCGUGCUAUGUUCAGUUAUAUGUUGGGAAUAAAUGAUCUACCUCUGUCUGUCGCAUUCUUUUCGGCGGUUGAAAUCGAUCAUGUUCUGCGUAAAGAAGCUGAAAUGAAGUGUAAAACAAUUUCUUAUGAUGCCGAAAUCAAAGAAGGGGAAAGUUUAACUAUCCAGGAACUUAUUGAACUUGAUACCCAGCUGGAUAAAGAAGUCAAUAAGGACAAUGAAGAUUAUAAUACGAAAGAACUUGAUAAUUCUUCGGAAUUAUUGACUCCGUAUAAUAGUAAUAAUAGCGAAAUAUAUUUAAUAAUUCAAAGUUUAUCAACUGAAGAGGAAGUGGAGACUUUAAUGCCUAGGAACUCUACCAAAAAUACGAGGCCUUACCAAAAUUACAAUAGACCGUAUCAUUUUGAAAAUAGUAAACUAUAUAAAAGAAAUUUAAUUUAUGAAGAAGUGACAUAG